AUGUCCACUCCACGUCCACGUCUACGUCCAGUCCACGUCCACGUCCAGUCCACGUCCACGUCCACGUCCACGUCCACGUCCACGUCCACGACCCGGUCCACGUCCACGUCCACGUCCACGACCACGUCCACGUCCACGUCCACGUCCACGUCCACGGCCACGGCCACGGCCACGUCCACGGCCACGGCCACGUCCACGUCCACGGCCACGGCCACGUCCACGGCCACGUCCACGGCCACGUCCACGUCCACGGCCACGGCCACGUCCACGUCCACGUCCACGGCCACGGCCACGUCCUCGGCCACGGCCACGUCCACGGCCACGGCCACGUCCACCUCCGCGUCCGCGUCCGCCUCCGCGUCCGCGUCCGCGUCCACCUCCGCGUCCGCGUCCGCGUCCACGGCCACGUCCACGGCCACGGCCGCGUCCACCUCCGCGUCCGCGUCCGCGUCCGCGUCCGCGUCCACCUCCGCGUCCGCGUCCGCGUCCACCUUCGCGUCCGCGUCCGCGUCAACCUCCGCGUCCCCGUCCGCGUCCACGUCCGCGUCCACGUCCACGUCCACGACCACGUCCACGACCACGUCCACGUCCACGUCCUCCACGUCCACGUCCACGUCCUCCACGUCCACGUCCACGUCCUCCACGUCCACGACCACGUCCACGUCCACGUCCUCCACGUCCACGUCCACGUCCACGGCCACGGCCACGUCCACGUCCACGUCCACGUCCACGUCCACCUCCACGUCCACCUCCACGUCCACGUCCACGUCCAGGUCCACGUCCACGUCCACGUCCACGUCCACGUCCACGUCCACGUCCACGUCCACGUCCACGACCACGUCCACGUCCACGACCACGACCACGUCCACGACCACGUCCACGUCCACGUCCACGUCCACGUCCACGUCCAAGUCCACGUCCACGUCCACCCAUUCCACGGCCACGGCCACGGCCACGUCCACGGCCACGGCCACGUCCACGUCCACGGCCACGGCCACGUCCACGGCCACGUCCACGUCCACGGCCACGGCCACGUCCACGUCCACGUCCACGGCCACGGCCACGUCCUCGGCCACGUCCACGGCCACGGCCACGUCCGCGUCCGCGUCCGCCUCCGCGUCCGCGUCCGCGUCCACCUCCGCGUCCGCGUCCGCGUCCACGGCCACGUCCACGGCCACGUCCACGUCCACGUACACGUCCACGACCACGUCCACGUCCACGUCCUCCACGUCCACGUCCACGUCCUCCACGUCCACGUCCAGGUCCACGUCCACGUCCACGUUCACGUCCACGUCCACUUCCACGUCCUCCAAGUCCACAUACAUCCUCCAAGUCCUUGUCCACGUCCACGUCCUCCACGUCCACGUCCACGUCCACGUCCACGUCCUCCACGGGCGCCUGUCUCUAGGGGGCCCUAUCUCUAUGGGCGCCUAUCUCUACGGGCGCCUAUCUCUAGGGGUGCCUAUCUCUAUGGGCGCCUAUCUUUAG